UUGCCCAAUUUAUACCUAUAUUGCUAUACAGCUAUACGGUAAUAAAACCAAAGAUACGACAGGCUCUAUGACGGUGUAAUAAAAUCAAUCAAUGGCGCCUCAAAAUACAAAAACAAAAGGAAGAAACCCUCGCAGAAGUCAGAACCCUCCAUUUGUUACUCGAUUAUGACGGAAGUUUUCUAUCUCCGUAAAAUCCUCCGUUUACGACUCUCCGCCAUAACCAAAUCCUUCUUCAAACAACAGUAUCAUUUAUUUUCCACCUCCAUUGUUAAAGAGAAAACCCAUCAAUUAACUGAAAAUAACAGUGGCGGUGGAAGGGUCAAAGGAAAGUGGGUAACUUUACCGCCUUUUUCUUCCUCUAUUAAUGUUGUUUCAUUGGGUAAAAGAAUCAGUCACCGCAGUAUUGUAGGUGACAUUGAUUCAAUUGAAACGAUGACGUCUGCUCUGAAAUGGGUUAAUCGUUGUUGUCCACACCUUCCUCGUUCACUUGUUCAGAAACUCUUUCGUCUUAGACAGGUUAGAAGGGACAAUGUAGACGGCAACGCUGAUGCUUCUGAAUGCCGGUUGAAACGGGUGGGAGCUAAAGACAUGAUGAGGGAAGGAGAGCGGAUCUUUCUUCCUAUAAGUGUUAUAGAACCACCUAUCAAGAAGCAGGAGUAUGAGUGUAGCGAAGAAGAAAUGAACUUCAUUCGUUGCCUUGAGAUAUAUAAGGAUUCUGCCAUAAUUGCUAUCAACAAACCCCCAAAACUGCCAGUACAGGGUGGCCUUGGGAUUAAAAAGAGUUUAGAUGAAUUGGCUGCCACAUGUCUUAGAUAUGACAUCAAGGAACGUCCGAGAUUGGUUCACAGACUCGAUAGAGAUAGUAGUGGAAUCUUGGUGAUGGGAAGAACACAAACAAGCACAACAAUUCUUCACUCUAUUUUCCGUGAGAAAACUGUUGGCAUAUCAGAAGACAGGGAAACUGAUUUGGGGAAGAGAAACCUACAAAAGAGAUACUUGGCUCUUGUCUUUGGGGUUCCUAAUCAACGGAAGGGAAUGAUCUCAGUACCACUAACUAAGGUGCUGCUAGAUGAUGGCAGGUCUGAACGAAUUACUAUUGCGGAUGGUUCUUCUUCAAGUCAGCAUGCUGUGACAGAGUUUAGAGUCGUUGAGACUUCAGCUUACGGGUAUACAUGGUUAGAGCUAUGCCCAGUCACCGGCAGGAAACACCAGCUUCGAGUGCAUUGUGCAGAGGUUCUAGGCACACCUAUUGUAGGAGACUACAAAUAUGGCUGGCAAGCUCAUCGGCGAUGGGAACCUUUACCGUCAAGCCUUGAUGAGAACGUUACCGAACCAAAACUACUACCCUUCGGCCUCAAUUUACAGUGCGGAAGCAUAUCGGAGAAGCAACCCCAUUUGCAUCUACACUGUAAGCAAAUGAUUUUACCCAACAUUUCUGUUGCUCUUGAUCAUGUGUCGCGUGAUGUGGACUACGAUUGCUCUAAAUUGGAGAGCAUUAACUUGGUAGCCCCCUUGCCCUUGCACAUGCAGAGGAGUUGGAACCUUCUUAAAUCUCUUGCUCAACAAAAAGCUUAAUUAUCCUUCUGUUUCUUGUGUGAGACGGUCACUAGUGAGACGUGUUUUAUAUUUGGGUUAAAUAACCCAAUAAUAGAAACUUUUAGCAUAACGGGUCUUUUGUAUAAACUCGUCUCAUGGUGAGACGGUCUCAUAAUUUAAUUGAAAAACUUAAAUUAGGACACUGGUUUUUUUUAGGUAAUUUUAUAAAAUAUGCCUUAAUCAUUUGGAGAGGCUACAUUUGUGAAGAGAAUGCAUCCCAAAAUCGAAAUGCUCCCUAACUUUUAAAGAUGUGCCAUUAAAACAAUUCUGAUGGUUUCAUCCACAUUUUAAUUUUUUGUAAUUUUGAAGGGACAAUGGGAGUAGUUUUUAGUUUUUCAGUUUGAUUUGGAACAAUGCUAAUUAUAAGUUGCAGUCUAAUAAUGUUUUACGAGUAGCGUUUUGUAUUAAUUUUACGCUUUUGAUAUAAUAUUUUGUAAAAAGCUAUUUAUCUUUCAAA